UGUGAACACUUAGUAGAGCUUGACCUGCCUUGGGGGCACCGGGGCAUCGCUGAUGAAGUGGCACUAGUCUGGAUGCUGGGGAGAGCUCGCCCAUCACUCAGUUGGUCACAAGGACCAUCAAGACAAGCAGGACGAUGGUGGUUGUUCCCAGCGGACAGAAAAGCUGGGCACAUACUGGCCAGGGCAGCCUGGGUGGCCUAAAAGCACCACGGGAGCCUCUGCCUGUGCUGGCGUAGAGCAUGCCAGCCCAGUGGGAGCCAGCCUGGGGCACCCUCCUUGUCUAUGGUGCCAUGGACACGGCAUUGCCUCUGUCACAGAGUGGGCAUCGGCUGCGGCAGGGACACAGGGAGUACCUGGUGCCAUGAGAGCCAUGGUGAGGGUCUGUCUGAAGGGCAUGGCUACCUGCUGCCAUGGCACCCCCGGCAGGGCUGCUGGCCCCUCUUGUGCUGCCCCGACACAGGCAUAGCACGGUGGGACAGAGCUCAGGGAGGGCUUUGGGUGUGGGUCCUGCCAUUUCCCCCAUUUCUUCAGACAAAUACCCAUGGAAGGCUUUAGGAAGGGCUUGGCAAGGGAAGGCAGGCUUGCUGGUGGGAUGCUUGUGGCUGAGAGGAGAGCCUGGGGAGGUGGUGAAAGAGGAGGUGAAGCCAUGCCUGAAGGGCAAAUGCUUAAAAUAGUGGACAAUCUGGCUAGGACUGGAGGAGAUAAAGCAGUGGAGAUACUGGCAGUGAGAGGAACAGGGUGAAAGACACAUGGAGAUAUGAUCUUUCUUACCUUUAGAAACGUUUUAUGCCUGUAAGGUAGUAGCAAAACUUACCUUCUAAGCAAAAAUGCUAACAGUGUAACCAAGCGCCCCCUGCAUGUUCUUACAGGGCUCUGCUUGGAACAAGAGGUAAAUGUCUUUUAACCACCAGCACCUAAAUAUGGAUUCAUGAUUGAUUGGACUGUAUAUGCUUUUGAUUAGGUUCCAAAAAUAGACUUUUUGAGUUGAAAUGCUUGGUAAGGCACAAAAUGAGACUGAGAAAAUUGCAACGUCAGUGUCCCUGACAGGAGAGGCUGAAGCUGCAGCAAGCAACGUGUUUAUCCAGAGCAGAAAACAGUAAAAGCCCCCCCAAGGGAAGGCUUUGUUCCAUCUCCCGGUAGAAACCGAAGUGAAAUUUGGUGUUUGAUAGUAAAAGGCAAAGCUCAGCCUUGCCCAUUAUCACGGUGUGCCUUAGACAGGAGCAGCCUGAUGGGGGAAGAGGCAUGUAUAAAACGGAUGCAGUGGUAGAAGUAUGCAGGGAAAAUGGAAUUCCCACUUGUGAGUGAGUGGAGGCAGAGAUAGUCACCUCCAGUUAGGGUUUCCCCCAUUACCAGUUUUUUUUUAAGAGUCUGUAACUUUUUGUUGAAGUACUGUACUAGUUCAAAAAAAACCCAACACACCAACAAACCAAAAACACCCCCAAACCCCACAACUUGGCAAAUAGGGUUUGUUUCUAGUAUUUUUUUGGAACUGUUGAUUAAGCUAUUCCCUGUUGACAAAUCCAGUUUAAGGCCCAGUCGCACUGGUGCUGCUCAGCAUAUUCACUGUUUUCACUAAGCGCUUCAUAGAAGCAGUUGCACAGGCUCCCCUUAAAGCUGAACCCCUAAAGCGGUUCCGUCUUCUCUCGGCUUUGCAGGCUCAGGCGGGGCAGGAGCCCUGGGCCCAGUGGCACAGCCAGCGCUGGGGUGCCUGGCGCUGCCCACUGCUCCCAGCACACUGCGGGGUGCCUGGCUGGCCUGGCAGCAGCUGCUGCGGGGACCAUUUGGUCUGGGUAUUCCUUACCGGUGAGCCUGCCCAGCCGAGCUGCGGGAGCUGUUGGAGGGUGGGAGAUUUCUCUGAGGCUGCUGCAGCAGGAGGAGCUGAGCCAAGAGCUUGGCCCCAGGCUGGGGGCUUCCGAGGGUCUGUCCCAGCCUGCAGCUGGAAAGUGGUAGCGCAGCUACUGAAAUGCCAUGCUGCUGUCGGUGGCAGCUCCUCGUGCUUGUGGGGGCAAUGGCCCCUCAGCGCCCGCUUGUCCCCUGGCUCCUGUCCCUGGGGGUCAGCUGAGGGGGAUGUUCAGCCGCAGGGCACCAGCCGAGCUCAGCCUGGAGCCGGGGUCCUGCUGCCACGUGCCUUCAGGGGGAACACGGCGGGGGGGCUGAAGUGAGGCUGCCGGGGUGUGUGCUGCUUUUAGCGCCUCAAAUACCCGAGGCACCCUAUGGAUGUCCCUAGUUAACAGAUCAGUUGGGGUGGGAAGUGCUGUGGGCCCUUCCUCGGAGAGAGCUAGAGGCGUGGAAAGCACAGAUGUUUUUUCUGGGAGUGAGCUGAUGAACAAACACCAGAGUCUAAACACAAUGGCUUUGGCUUGGGGACUUAAGGAGGGGAGAGAUGGGGCGUAUUUAUUCUGGAGCACAGGGAAAUCGGGUACUGUCGGGCUAAUGUAAGCAAGCCACAGAUAAAAAAAAGUAAAUAUUUGAUUCUGUCCUUUCUUUGUACCAAGAGCAGAAACAGCAUUUAUGGUAACCAGCUGUACAGACUCUGCCCAGUGCUGUCUGGGCUGGUGUGCAGCAGCGGUGGGUGCUGCUGACCUGUUUGUGCUGCUGCUGUCGCUGCAAAGUGCUCCUCUACCGGUUCACAGUGGCCAGGGCAAGGUGUAACUAAUUUCUCCUAGCAAAAAUUGAUAACCUAAAAGAACAUUCCCAUGUUCCAUUUUGCUCACAGGGGCGAACCCUGGGUGGAGCUACACAUCCCCUGUUCAAAAGGCUCCUCAGGAAGGGCACCGCACCUCACUCAAGGUCAACCGUAAUGACUCAUUCCAAUCAGUCAAAUGCAAAUGCGUUAUAAAAAAAUCAUUAAAUAUGCAUUACUUGUUUAAUAGGCCUCAGUCUAAUGUAAAUUGACUAAUGGGUAUUUAAUGACAACAAACGUGCCUGACUCAGUUGCAUUUCUUCUUUAAAGCCUGCACGUUGCUAAAGCACCCAAUGAAUUUAACAGCAAUGCAUUAAUUUACAGCCAUAGCCUGCCCUUGUCUCCCAGCCUAAAUGCCUAUUUUUUUGCAAACUUGCUUCAUAUUGCCUGGGAGCUGCAGGAUUAAAUCUGGGUGGCACAGUUUCAACAGCUUGCUUGAGAAAUACUAUAGACAUCUAUCAAAACAGCGCAAAGAAGUUCUGUGGUUGUUAGGGGCUGUUUGAACAGACGGUGGCUGCAUUAGGGUGUUUCUCAGUGAAGAGACUUCUGGCUGCGUUCCUUGAAAAAGCAGUUGUGUGUAACAAAAAAGCGUGUAACUGGAGUGCUGUGGGAAUGAGGGUUCCCAGGUCUGGGAUGGAUUUCCCUCCUGAUGAGUCCCUAUGGGCAUGUACCCAGGACCAGCAAAUUGUGUGCAGUGGCUGAGGCCGCUUCCUGCUGCUCCUGUUUCCUCCAUCCCUGCGCUGCUGACGCACUCCAGGGAUGCUCGCUGCUGCAUGAAGGCUCCCCAUGGGAUGCCGCAGCUUGCCUGCAGGCACUUGCUGUCCUGCUCACCUGGCUUUUAAUGCACCCUCAGAGCAACUGUGCUUUCCACCCCUGCCUCUCUGGUGUGCUCCCGUCCCAUAAUUGUGUCUUCUCACUUCUGAUCCGAAAUCUGUUCUGGAAGGUUAGACUUGCAUAGCAAAUGUAAAUGCCCCAGUGCUGACUUUGCAACUUGUAUUAACUUGUUCUUUCAACAUAGCUAUAGAUGAGAGACCUUGUAUUCCUCAAAACACCCUUUAAACCCCCCUGUGUGAUUGAAGGCUCAGUUAGCAGAUAUGGAGAGCAACAGGUUUCCCAAGUCAACCCCACGGGGCGCAGUGUGACUCUGUGAGCUGCUGCCAAGCAGAGCAACAUCUUUCACAAGCACAAUUUGUUUUGAAAAGUAAAUCCCUCCGCCUUUCAGUCAAAGACUGGAAAACCUCACCAGCUUCCCAAGUGUUUAGAGACUUGCGAGGUGUGUCAACAUGGUGUAAUUAAAGUUUCUUUAUUACUUGUGCUGGAGACCUUAUCUGGCAAACACAGGUCUCAGGUGCUCUGGAAAGGCAAAGCAUGCACCCCGGUAAUUCUGACCACACAAUGCUAUUUUCACUGUAGAUGUUGGUUUUAUUGGAUGCUGUGGACGGUUGUUUGCAUGUAGUUGUUUUUUAAUAAAAUAAGCAUCUACCACAACCUGGAGCAGAGAACUGAAUAGGAAUGUUGGUGCUUUCCUAAAGCCUGGUGUGUCAGAAAAGACCAUCAGUUGCUUAUGAAUUCAUUUGUAAAUAAACGGUCCAUCAAGGAUGCAGGCAGCUGGAAACUAAUCUCACACAGGGAUGAUAGGUGUGUAGUGUUUUGAGAGAAAAGCACUCUGUGGGGGUUAUUGCUUCCCAGUAACAUAUGUUCAGGAGCAGUAGUUACCCUGGCAUGUGGCUGUCCCACAGCUGGUCACUGCCGUGGUCUUUGGGGCAGGCACAGGACCAAGAGCACAGGAGAUCCAUCUGUUCCAAAAGCACCUUUGCUCUUCCAAUGCAUGUUGUAGGAGUUGGCCUCGGUAUUUUGAAGAGGUCCAAACUUCUGUCUUGAGCAACAAGUCAGUAGAGGAGAUGGAGCCAAGAGGGGAAAAAAAGUUGCAAAAACACAUUGCUGUCUGCUCACCAUCCUUUCCUCUGAGCCAAAAUUUGGUUGUUUUUCAUUGUUUUUAUAGGAGGAAAAAGAAACAGCCUUUAAUUAUCAUUGAACUGCAUGAGGUGUACUUUAGCAUAAUGCUACCUAACUUCAUUUGAUUGCUUUGAAUGCUUCCAGUUUGUUCUGAGCGACCAUUCAUGAUGUGCCUAGAAAGUACCAGAAAUUGUGUAAAUAAAAAAAGCUGCAGGGAGAAUUCUAAUCAUUGUGUUUUGCAUUUGUCUCUGAACCUGUAUGGGGAGCAGCAUUUGCUAGGAGUGAAACAGGAAUAAUCUAGCUCCCAGUAACGUACCAUUGCGUGUGUGCUUAUUGGAAGAGCUCACGAGUCCCCAGAGGGCCGGUGGGGCUGGCUCUUCUCAGCGCUCAGGUGAGUCAGUGAUGCGCCAUGAGGCAUCAUGUAUGUGUUGGCACUUAUGUACAUGUUGGCAAUUGUUCACAUGAAGUGUGAAUUAUUAGCGAUCUUGUUAUAUCUAAUCAUAAUAUUAAAAUACAGUACGUAAAAAAUAUCAUGGUAAGAAUUCUGUGACUAUUAUAAAAGCAGAAGUUUUGAUUCAUUUGACAAAGAAACUGGAUCUGAACCUUUCUCACAGAAUGAAGGUAGGGCUGAAGCCCACCGGCUGACCUCCCACCCCUGCCGUGCCCCACCGUAGUCCCCGGCAGCCAGCGUGGCUGGCUGGCGCCAGCCUGGCUCCCCUCCCACCUGUCGGUGGCAGCUGAUUCCAGAGAAGGAAGAUCCAAAAUGACUGUAAGCACCAUUUUGGGGUUGUUAAGUGCCACAGUGUGCUGGGCACACCGGCACACGCCCCAGGACUUGUGUGUUCAUAGGAGCGGGUUAGGGGGUGGAAUUGGUGCCGACGGGGGUUUCCAGGACUUACCGAGGAAAACCCACAGAGUAAACGGAUUUCUUCAUGAAUCUGUGUAGGUGGAACCUCAUCAAAGGCUUUUUGAAAAUCCAGAUAUACUGUGACUACUAGAUGCCCUUCAUCCAGGGCUUCAAGCAUCACUCCCCGGUGUAACCUACCAGGCCUCCUUGAAAGAAUCCAAGGUUUGUAAUACAGUUGUGUGAAAGCUGUGGUGAUUUAUAAUCAGUUAAUUUGUUCGUUUUCCUUAAAAAUCAUUACUGACAUAAAGUAGCGCUCUAAAAUGAUGGGUUAAUGUAAUGUCUUACCUUUACUUAGGCUUUACUUGGCCGUUGAAGGACAUCUCAUUUUAGUGGCUCAUUUACUGUGAGCUUUCUGCACACACGUAUUCAGUUGUGUCACAGUGCUUCAUCUGCCAUGAACUUCCAUCACCAAUCACGUAUGAUGACUUGCUUCACAUUAUCAGUGCCCAUUCCAUUCCAUUUUGGAUUUUUUAUGGCACGUAUUGUGAUACUGGUACAGAAAUGAAGUGGUUGCUGCCUUCAGUUUCCAUACAGUUCUGUGUACCUUGGUAGCUGUCUCCCCACUGGACACAGACAUGGAACUUGUUGCCCUGUUAAAGCUCAGGCCAAGUUACUGCUGAUCACAGUUAGGAAACCAAAAUCCCUCCUGUAGCUGUGGCAAAAGAUCUGCAAACCUAAAAGACUUAUUUCAGGCAUAAUGGAAACCCUUGGUUAUUCCUUUAGUUGGUUUUGCAUGUUUUGUUGAGUUUAGCUGUCAGAGCUCUCAGCUCUCACAAAACCAGAGCUGCUCCAUGGGAAGCAUCGACAUGGCCCACAGCACUGCUAAACUAGUGGGCAGUUUCAACAUCUGUUUGUUUUCUGAUCUACCUUUUUAAAAUUAUGAUUUCAUUGGGCUGGUAAAAUUCAGAAACAACUUCUGUAUAAUUAACCAUUUUUGUAUAAUGCCACUGUAUUGUUUGAAAGCAAGAAACAGUUUUUGUGCUGAUAUCAACUGGUUUGGGUGUGCUGGUUGGGGUGGAGCUGUCAUUUUAGCAACAUUUAUCCUGAAAGUUAAACAGAUAAUUACAUUAUAUGGCAACAAUGAAUAAACCGGCAAGCUUUGAAGCAUUGAAAUGCAUUACUAUAUGAAAGCGAAGUGCUUUUCUUCAGUGCUCUGUUUAAUAUAAUUAAGAUAAGUUGUUUGAAUUGGCUUGCUAGCUAUAGAGUGCCACUGAGCUGCUGUAUCUCUUGCGUUGGUCUCCGAGUGUCACAGGAGAGGCUGUUCUGUGGCUGGGGAAGAUGGUGUGUGGUCGGGGCUCAAGCCACCAGCUUUGCCCUCCUGGAGCCUCCGGGAUCUCUUGCAAGGUGGAAUGGAGAGCAGUACCCACUCCGCCUCACCCCCCGGGGAGCAGUGCCGGGCUCUCUGCCUCGCCGGCCGCUGCAGCCCGCACAAGGCUGUGAAUGAGACAGAUUCCUGUUUGCUGAUGAACGGAGUCCUCAAAAAAUAUUAUCUUUCCACCAUGUACAGCCUUGAGUUCAUUUUAGGCUUCAUUGGAAACACCAUUGUUGUGUUUGGCUAUAUUUUCUGCCUGAAAAACUGGAAAAGUGGCAACAUCUACCUGUUAAAUUUAUCACUGUCAGAUUUACUAUUUCUGUGUACUCUUCCAGUACUUGUGAACAGCUACUCCAGACAUCAGUGGGCAAAGGAGAACAUCUUGUGCCACAGCAACAGAUUCCUGCUGCAUGUGAACCUGUAUAGCAGCAUCCUUUUCCUCACCGCUAUCAGUAUUGACCGAUACAUGCUCAUAAAACACCCUUUCAGAGACCAUUUUCUACAGAAGAGGAAGACUGCCCUUAUUGUGUCUGUUGCCAUAUGGAUCGGGGUGGUACUGGAACUGUUGCCAUUGAUAUAUUUCCUGGAGCCUGUAACGCUUGCCAAUAAUUACAAGUGUCUUGAUUAUGCAAGUUCUGGACACCCCAUGAAAAGCCUCAUCUAUAGCAUGUUCCUGACUGUCUUUGGGUUCCUCAUCCCUCUCUUGAUCAUGUGCUGCUUCUAUGUGAAGAUGGUUCUUUUUCUUAAAGACAGGAGUGAGCAACUCAGUUCUCUCCUGACACUUGAAAAACCUCUCAAUUUAGUCAUCCUCACGGUGGUGAUCUUCUCUGUGCUCUUUACUCCCUAUCACAUAAUGCGCAAUGUCCGACUGGCUUCCCGAAUACCAGCCUUGAACAUCUCUGUGUGCAUGCAGGGCAUCAUCAACACCAUUUAUACCAUCACAAGACCUAUUGCGUUUUUAAACAGUGCCAUUAAUCCCGUUUUUUAUUUCUUAAUGGGUGACCACUUCAGAGAGAUGCUGAUGGCAAAAAUAAGGCAGCUCUUGAGCAGAUGCACAGCCACAGGCAAAUGAAUGAAUAAGGAGACUUCUCGUAGUGGGAGAUGGUGGGGAGGAAACCGGCUUAGGGAAGCCAUUUGCCGAUGCACAGUGCCAUCUUUUUAGAUAACUUUAUGCUAUGGAAUAUGCAUGAGCUAAUUGUGUUCCUCUAAAUGCUCUUGUUACCUUACCGUACAGGAGACCUCCUCCUGCUGACCUGCUUCCAGCAAACCAGAAGAGAUGCUCCCUGUACAACAGUACAGCAGGAAACUCUGCUCUCAUAGCAGGAUGCCCUGUGGCAUGUUAAUAUUGAAAAUAAGAGAUCAUCAUGGUAGUUCUCAGAGGGAAAAUACGCUGCUCUCAGAUGGUUCCUUUGUGAUCCAUAACUUGAUGCUGGGCUGGACCUAGGCUUGGAAAAACUGCCAGGGGCACUAAUUCACAUGUUCAGCACAAAGCAAGCUGAGCCUCCUUUGUUGUAAGUGUUUGCAAACCCCACAUCUCCUGGGAGAUUUACCUCGCUGAUUUGGUGAGGGCUGGCACCUUGGAAGCGGCAAAAAGGCGGGUGUGCAAACAGCCAGGUGGAGAGCUUCGUCGGUGUUUCAGAGGGGAGGCCGUGGCUGGGUUGCUGUUUGCAUUUGUAACGCGUGCAAGGAGUGCAGAAAGCUGUAACGUUUGGCCGCUGGUCUUACAAGCAUUUCAUGGAACCACUGAGACAGUGAAGAUGUGUGUGUGUGCAGACAGUUCUUUCGUGCUUCAAUAUUAAAGCUAGACUCAGUUUGCAGGAGUAAAAACAAGAAAAUCUGUCAUUUCAGUUCUUAACAGAGAUUUGCCUUUGAACAUCGCUGAGACAGCUAUGCAAGCUCAUACUGCCAUUUUCACAGCCACUUUUCAAAGUAUAGAUUUACUUAACUAAUGCAAUUAUCUAUAAGUACGAGCAGAAUGUAUAGCUUGAAGCAGAAUUUGGACCUCAGAGUUUGUACUUCAUUAACAGUUCCAAUAAUGAAACAGGAGCUAACAAGAAACCAGUUCCCUACCUAAUGUCCCCGCGGAAUCGUUGCAACAGCAGAACUUACUCCCCAAUUGACUGACCUGACCUCAAAUAGAGAGGGCAAAGAGACUGAUGAAGCAGUAAGCUGGUAUGAGCUUGGGCUGGGGAAGGGCUUGCGGAGAGCACCAGGGCGUGCUGGGCAGGGUGCAGGCAGCCCCCCCUCCCUUGCUGGCAGCCCCAUGGUGAUGAAGGAGCCCCCGGGGGCUCACUGCUCCCCAGGGCAGCAGGGGGAAAGGACCACCCAUCGUGUCUCAUCAGAGACAGCUUCAGUUCUGCUUUCUGAUGUGGUGGUCAUCUGCAAUAGCUUUAUACCCAUCUGUCUGAUAAGAAACUCUGCGUACUGUUUUAAAAAAGUAAUAAUAAAAAAAGCUGGCUUUGUGUUGA